AUGCCGCCGCCCUCCCUCCUCCUCCUCCUCCUCUCCUUCUUCCUCCCCGCGCUGCUGCUCCGCCGGGCGCUGGCCGCCGCAGUGUCCUCUAGUGAGAUCACCCAGGUUUGGGUUCAGGGUAUGGAUGGGGGCCUAGAACCCAGGGCAGGGAGGGAGCAGCGUGGAGGGGCCCGUGGGGCAGCUGCUGAGGCUCUGUGUGUUCUGGCAGGGCUGGAGUACAGCGAUGUGCUGCCCGAGUCGUUCCCGUCGGCGCCGGCCGAGACGCUGCCGCACUUCCUGCGCGAGCCGCAGGACGCCUACAUCGUCAAGAACAAGCCCGUGGAGCUGGUGUGCCGCGCCAACCCCGCCACGCAGAUCUACUUCAAGUGCAACGGAGAGUGGGUCAACCAGAACGACCACGUCACCAAGGAGAGCCUGGACGAGGUCACCGGGCUGCUGGUGCGGGAGGUGCAGAUCGAGGUGUCCCGGCAGCAGGUGGAGGAGCUCUUUGGCCUGGAGGAUUACUGGUGCCAGUGCGUGGCCUGGAGCUCGGCCGGCACCACCAAGAGCCGCCGGGCCUACGUCCGCAUCGCCUACCUACGGAAGAACUUUGAUCAGGAGCCUCUGGGCAAGGAGGUGCCACUGGAGCACGAGGUGCUGCUGCAGUGCCGCCCACCUGAGGGGGUCCCACAGGCUGAGGUGGAGUGGCUGAGGAACGAGGACGUCAUUGAUCCCAGCCAAGACACCAAUUUCCUGAUCACCAUUGAUCACAACCUGAUCAUCAAGCAGGCCCGGCUGCUGGACACUGCCAACUACACCUGCAUGGCCAAGAACAUCGUGGCCAAGCGCCGGAGCACCACGGCCGCUGUCAUCGUCUACGUGAAUGGUGGCUGGUCCACCUGGUCCGAGUGGUCUCCGUGCAACAACCGCUGUGGCCGGGGCUGGCAGAAGCGCACGCGGACCUGCACCAACCCCGCGCCCCUCAACGGCGGCUCCUUCUGCGAUGGGCAGCCCUUCCAGAAAAUCACCUGCACCACCCUCUGCCCAGUGGAUGGUGCCUGGACAGAGUGGAGCAAGUGGUCAGCGUGCAGCACCGAGUGCACCCACUGGCGCAGCCGCGAGUGCGCGGCCCCCGCACCCCGCAACGGCGGCAAGGACUGCAGCGGGGUGCUGCUGGACUCCAAAAACUGCACUGACGGCCUCUGCCUGCACAAUAAAAGAAUUCUAAACGAGCCCAAAAGCCACCUGCUGGAGGCCACGGGCGAUGUGGCCCUGUACGCGGGGCUGGUGGUGGCCAUUUUUGUCUUCAUCGUGAUCCUCAUGGCCGUGGGGGUGGUGGUGUACCGGAGGAGACGCCGCGAUUUCGACACGGACAUCACCGACUCCUCGGCCGCGCUGACCGGAGGCUUCCACCCCGUCAACUUCAAGACAUCUCGGCAUGACAACCCUCAGCUGCUGCACCCGUCCAUGCAGCCGGACCUGACGGCCAGCGCGGGCGUGUACCGCGGCCCCAUGUACGCCCUGCAGGACUCCUCUGACAAGAUCCCCAUGACCAACUCCCCCCUGCUGGACCCCCUGCCCAGCCUCAAGAUCAAGGUCUACAACUCCUCCACCGCCUCCUCCUCCUCACCAGGGCUGCACGAUGACACAGACCUGCUGGGAGGGGUCCCUGCCACCGGCACCUACCCGGGGGACAUGGCCAGGGACGGCCACUUUGCCAACGUGAGGAGCAAAGGCCUGGGCUCCCAGCACCUCCUCAGCCUGCCCCGGGAGCAUGGCUACAGUGCCAGUGGCACAUUUGGCUACCUGGGGGGAAGGCUCACCGUGCCAGGCACAGGGGUGAGCCUGCUGGUGCCCCACGGGGCCAUCCCCCAGGGGAAGUUCUACGAGAUGUACCUGGUGCUCAACAAGGCUGAGACCGCCCUGCUGCCCUCUGAGGGCACACAGACCGUGCUGAGCCCUGCAGUGACCUGUGGGCCCACGGGCCUGCUCCUGUGCCGCCCCGUUGUCCUGACCAUUCCCCACUGCGCCGACGUCGGCUCCUCGGACUGGAUCUACCACCUGAAAACACAGUCCCACCAGGGAAACUGGGAGGAAGUUGUGACCCUGGAUGAGGAGACCCUCAACACUCCCUGCUACUGCCAGCUGGAAGCCAAGUCCUGCCACAUUCUGCUGGACCAGCUUGGCACCUAUGUCUUUGUGGGGGAGUCCUACUCCAGGUCAGCCAUCAAGAGGCUCCAGCUGGCCAUCUUUGCCCCCACUGUCUGCACCUCCCUGGAGUACAGCCUCAAGGUCUACUGCUUGGAGGACACGCCAGAUGCUCUGAAGGAGGUGCUGGAGCUGGAGAGGACACUGGGAGGGUACCUGCUGGAGGAGCCCAAGCCCCUGCCCUUCAAGGACAGCUACCACAACCUGCGCCUCUCCAUCCACGACAUCCCCCACGCGCUGUGGAGGAGCAAACUGCUGGCCAAGUACCAGGAAAUCCCCUUCUACCACAUCUGGAGUGGCAGCCAGCGAGCUCUGCACUGCACCUUCACCCUGGAGAGGUACAGCCAGGCCUCCACCGAGCUCACCUGCAAGAUCUGCGUCCGGCAGGUGGAAGGGGAGGGGCAGAUCUUCCAGCUCCACGUCACGCUGGGAGAGCACGGCAGCUCCUCCGACACCCUCCGCUCCCACCACAGCGGUGCCACCACUGCCUCCACCACCCAGGUGGGACCCUACGCCUUCAAAAUCCCCCUCUCCAUCCGGCAGAAGAUCUGCAACAGCCUGGAUGCUCCCAACUCCAGGGGCAAUGACUGGAGACUUCUCGCCCAGAAGCUUUCCAUGGACCGGUAUCUGAACUACUUUGCCACCAAAGCCAGCCCCACGGGGGUGCUCCUGGACUUGUGGGAAGCCGAGCACCAGGACGACGGCGACCUCAACACCCUGGCCAGUGCCUUAGAGGAGAUGGGCAAGAGCGAGAUGCUGGUGGUCAUGGCCACAGAGGGGGACUGCUGA